CUCGUUGUUGUUGUUGUUUGCGAGCCUGCGUGUGCUGCGCUCUCCCGACGGCGUCGCUCGUCGCUCGUUCGUUUUCGUGUUCAGUGAUCUUGGUUUUGUCGGUGCGGUUACAUCGCGUGUCGAAAUUUCGUGCGUGUCGUCAAAAUGUCUUACAACGGGGAUGCUGCGACCAUGAAGAGGCAGCGGAGCGACUCAGAGGGCAUGAUGAGGAAUCAUCGUGGUGGUGGUGGCGGUGACUUCUAUGCUGGUGACGAGCCUGUCAGGAAGAGGCCAUUCCGCCCUUCCAGAGGAGCGCCAGAGUCUCGGUCGGGCAAUGACCACGAGCGGCCCAACCACGUGCUGCUCUUCACCAUCCUGAACCCGGUGUACCCCAUCACCACGGAAGUGAUCCACACGAUCUGCUCGCCCAACGGCAACGUCCAACGAAUCGUCAUCUUCAAGAAGAAUGGCGUCCAGGCCAUGGUUGAGUUCGACAACGUGGACAACGCACAGCGCGCCAAGGAUGCGCUACAAGGAGCAGACAUAUACUCCGGCUGCUGCACCCUCAAGAUAGACUUCGCAAAGCCCACCAAGCUGAACGUGUACAAAAAUGACAGUGAGAGUUGGGACUACACAGCACCGCCAAUGGGCAAGCAGGAGUCGGGGUCGGGCCGAUCGCAGCCGCUGCUAGCCGCGCCGAGAUAUGGCGCGGGCCCACAGCCCUACGGAGAGUCACGUGGUUCUGGCGGUGGCGGCGGCGGCGGUGGCGGCGCCCCCGCCAACAACAUGAGGGGCGGCGCCGGCCCCUUCAACCAGGGCGGCGGUGGCGGCGGCGGCGGCAUGGCUGACCGCUUUGACGACGGCGGCUUCCAGAACGGCCCGGGUCACAUGGGCGGCGGCGGCGGUGGCGGCGGAGGCUUCGGCGGAGACCCGUACGGGGACAGAUUCCCCCCCAACAUGGACAGGAAUGAAAAGCCACGUUUUCCAACUGAUGGUGGUUCGCGCAGGUUUGGCGGUCGAGAUUCCCUCUACCCCGCACGGGGCCCUGGUGGUCCAGGAGGAAACACCAUGGCCGGGGGACUCAUGCCCCCAUCGUCUUCCCCACAACACUCAUCAGUCCUCAUGGCCUACAACCUGCCCAUGACCAAAAUAAACUGCGACAAACUCUUUAAUCUUCUUUGUCUCUAUGGAAAUGUAUCAAAAGUGAAAUUCCUUAAGACAAAGGAAGGAUGUGCCAUGGUCAUGAUGGGGGAUGCCUUAGCAGUUGAGCGCACCAUCACUAACCUAAAUGGCACUCCACUUAAAGAAGGAGGAAAAUUAGAGUUGGGCUACUCAAAGCAGGCCUUCUUAGCAGAUGUACCAAACCCUUACAAUCUGCAAGAUAACAGCCCAUCUUUCAAAGACUUCUCAGGAUCCAAAAACAACAGAUUCAUGAAUCCUGCAAUGGCCAGCAAAAAUCGCAUUCAGACUCCAUCUAGAAUUCUUCAUUUCUUCAAUACUCCUCCAAAUGCAACAGAAGACCAAUUCUUCCAAGUGUUUGAGGACUGCGGUGUAACUCGACCCAAAAGCAUCAAAAUCUUCCAAGGAAAAUCUGAGAGGAGCUCUGCAGGACUCUUGGAAUUUGACGACAUUAAAGAUGCUGUUGACGUUUUAAUGAACUGCAACCACCACCCAAUUGACAACCCUGGUAAGGAUGAAAGCGGCAAGUUCCCCUACAAUAUGAAGUUGUGCUUCUCAUCGGCGCGGUCCAUGCGUGAGCCCAGAGAAAGAGACGGCCGGGAUGGGCGGGACGGCCGGGACGGGCGAGAUGGGCGCGACGGCAAGGAUGACGACUAGUCAGCAAGCCCACUAGCAUUAAAGUAAGCAGGAAACAGACUCGCUCGCUAACUAAUUUAUCUCACUUUGAUGAUCGGACUGGGAAAUGAAUUUGCAUUAGCUUGCUCUUUGUUGGGGGACCAAAAGAGGGGGGAAAUGAGGAAGGAAUUGAUGUAUGUUGUGCAGCACUCGAGAACAUUUUAGGUACUAGUGAUGAUAGAGAGAGUGAGUGUGUGUGUGCGUGUGUGUGUGCGUGUGCGCGUGCGAGAGCCAGUUGAAUGGAAUGGGAGUGUGUGAAAGUUUGAGUGCAGGCAAAGUAGAUGGGAUUGAGCAGGUUUUGGCCAGUGAAUAAAUUUUCAAGUGUGUUUAGCUGUUUGACUUCAUUAUGUGCAUUUUGGAAAGCUGAUUGUUCUAAUUUAUUUAAUGACAAGUUUUGUAAGUGUGGUAGACUAGAUUAGUUCUACCAUGCCUGGUCUCUAGGUUGUGAGAAGUUAGGUGUCCAAUCUUCAUUUUAUACUGACAAAAGCCAAGGAGGACUCCUUACUUGUUCUGUUUCUCAUUUAAACUUUUGAUAAUUCAAUUAUCUUUUUGUGUUAGUUGUUUUCUUUUUCUGUAGUCAUGGCCAAGCCAAUAAUUUAAUUAUUAUUGCACAAAUAUCUCAUCAUGUAAGUCCAAUUCCUCCAGGAACUUUUUCUUUUCUUUUUUUUUAAUUUUUAUUGACACAAGUCAUAUUUUGUGGUAGGUAUCAUUAUCACUUCAUACUCCUUUUUUUUAAUUUUUUAAAAAAAUUAUUACUUGUUUUGUCUCUGGAGAAAUUUUUAACCUUUAAGUUAUUUAGACAAAGUGCCUGUGGCACAUGUGUAGUUUUAUCUUUGAUCAUAUUUAGUGCUGUGUGCUGUGUAUGUGAAGCCUUGAGGCAAGCCCUGAUUUGUUUUGGAUUCCAUUACUGUGCUAGUUGUUAGUUUCUUUUUCCCAUUAUUAUUUGCGCCCAUUCAUUGCUCUUGAGCAGCCUGCAAAAUUAUUGCAGUCGUUUCUUAGGGUAUUAAAUACUAUCUGCAUCGUAAGUGCACAAAGUGAUACUGUACAUUUUCCAUCGACUUUGACUUGUCAUGUGAUGAGGGAAAGUUGAACAUGAAUGGUAAGGAAUGCUAAUAAGCCUUAAAUCAUGAUCUUAGAUAAUGAAAGAAUGACUGUGACAAGAACACCCUACCAUUUGCUCUAAUGCCUUCCACUUAUUGUCCCACUAAGUUAUAUACCCAAAACAUAAUUUAAUCUUCUAUAUCAUUGUUGAAAAGAUGAUGAUCAUUUAUUUUUCAUAAAGUAAUUCAGAAUGAAAGUCGCUAAUUAUUAACUGGAAGCACUAUGUUUCGAGCAAUGGUUGUUCGAAUCGGAAAUUGAUCCAAUCUCUUGUCAAUUAAUGAUUGGCCCACAUGCGGACAAGGCUGUCCUAUAGGCAUAUUUCUUUAAAAAUUAAGUUUUGUAACAUAUCGAGUAUGUGCUUGUAUGUCGAAAUGAUAUCUAUGAAUACUAUGUCCAAUAGUAUUGGUAUUUGUUAAACUUUUGGCUCUCAGCAUUCUGGUGCUGGUGUUGUCAAUUGUAUGAAUAAGCAGUUAGAAGCCAGCCAGCAGCGUGGUGUUAUGGGUUCCAUGUCACUGGACCAAAGUAGCAUGCUGCCUGCUGCCUUGUUAAAGAAAAAAAAUGUCAAUUCGAACGGGCCAAAUUAGUAGGUUAAGUCUCGGGGAAACAUCCCGACCCAUACACCUCUUCUGUACCUGAAUGGUGUGUACGAACUGUCUGAACCAACCUUCCAUUGUAACCAGGGCAAGUUGCUCCAUACUUGAAAUAUGUCCAAAAAAAUAAAUGCUAUUAUUAAAGA